AUGACUCAACGAGUUUCCUUAGAAACUCAGACUGAGCCACAGCUUCUUCCACAAUAUAAAUCAUCUUUUAGCAAAGUUACAACAGAGCCUAUGGAUGAAAUUUCCGGAAAAGGACCGGUUUUGAUCGAUCAAUAUCAAGAAGUCAUCAAAGACUACGUUUCAAAGCUGGACAUGUCUCAUUUAUCGGCAUACAGAAGAGAAAUUUGUGAAUGCAUUCAGCUUCGCCAGCAGUUUCAAAAUAAAGUUUACGGAAAUACAGACGCUGAUGUUGAAAAGCUCCCUGUUAGCAUUUUUUCAGGUUUAACACCUUCACUAACAAUUACAUUUGAUCAAGAUGUGUUUUCAAUCGUUUCAGCUUCAGGAGGACUCGAAAUCACAGGAGAUAUUUCAUCAGAGGGUCAAUAUUUAAUAUACGAUAUCAAUAGAGGUGUAUUACCUAAAACGUUAUACGAAGCAGUUAAGAAAUUAGGCCUUACAUGGUAUGAUGGAGGCUUAAUCUGUGAAGUCGUUGACAGACGAAGAAAUAUUGAGAAAUUCAGACGCGUUCAUUUGAAAGUAGACCAGUCUAGCUUAGAACCUAUGUCAAUUGAACGAGAACAAGAACUUUUGCUCUGCAGAUAUCCACUUUUGUGUCUAACUCCAGAUUUACAGGUCACAAACUUCGCCAGAACAAUUGCUGCAGAUGCUGCACGAUGGACAGCGCCUGAAGAACAAGAAGAUGCUGCUAGAAUUGCAGAAUAUGUUUAUCCUGAUAAAUAUAUCGAAGCUGCGAAGCCACAACCAAUCGAAUCGACCGAAGAAACAAGAGCCAAGAUCCUUAAAUAUCUUUCAGGAUCCAAAUAA